AUGGAGGAGGGUCCACGUGGGUCUAGGGUGCCGCCGCUGCUGCAGCGCCUGCUUCUUCUGCUCACCAUCUCAGUGGGUGUGAUGGUCGUGCAACAAUGCUGGGGAUGGAGUGCUGCGAUAGGUUCGGGAUCUCGGGAACCACUCAAGCAACACGAAGGAUCUGAGCAUGCCAAACUCGGCGUCACAGCCACACACGUCUUCGUGCGAGAAACCGGGGGCGAAACGCAUGUCAUGUCUGGGGCCAACCUGUUCCAGUCGGCGGGGUGCCCCCAAGCGCUAUCGAGAUCACAGGCCGAAGCAGCUUUGGAUGGGGGCAACUCGACCAGCAACACGAUCACGCUGCUGUCCUUCGGCUCCGGUCGAUCUGGGAAUCACUUCUUGAUGAUUUCCAGCUAUCUCGCGAUGGGAUUCUGCUGCCGGUCUAGACUGUUAACCCUGCCGGAGGUGGACACAGCCAUGCCGGGAGAUGACGAAGGAGGUGGUUUCAAGGCUGGAGAGCGGUGGUUCGACUUCUCUAGAGUGACGCCCCCUUGGCCCGGGUUUGAGCAGCUGGGAGACAACCCGGAGGUUUGCCGGCCACAGAUGGAGGACGGAGCGGACAACGCUUUCGGCUACGAACAUAUCCACUCGAGGCUCCUACGUUGCAUGAACCGGGUUUACCUGAGAGGGUGCGAGAAAGCCUACCUUGGGAAAAUGGUAGACUUGGAAGGCUUUUGCCCCAAGCAGGAACCCGGCAAGCGAAAGGGAGCGGGAUCUCUCGUGGUACAUAUCCGGUCGGGGGACAUUUUCAACCCCAACGAAGAGGGUCGGCGCCGGACGGAAUUCGGCCAGCCACCUCUCCAGUACUACUUGCACGUUUUGGGAGAAAAGGAUUGGGACAACGUGACGUUCUUGACCGCCGCAUGGAACCAGAAGGCCAUAAACCCGACGUUUUCGAUACUUGAGGUAAUGGCCAAGGCGGGAACUUUGGGGGAUAACGUCCGAUUGUUGAAGAACCGAUCCCUACUCGAAGACGUGCGGGAGAUGCUCUGCGCGGACGCCUUGGCCACCUCGAGGUCGAGCAUGAGCUUCCUCACCUUCGCGCACUCUAGGGCUACCACCUUCUUCGUGCCGACCCCGUGUGGCAACGGGGGGUUCCGCAGGAUGAGAAGGCCGCCGGUUAAGGCAACCUUCGACAACACCACCUUGCUUCUCCUAGAGAAACCGGACGCGGAGGUAUACGGGACUGCAUGGCCAGGGAAUUCGCCCAAGUACUCCGUAUACCAAGCGUGGCAUGAUACCCCGGAACAGCUGCUCGAGAUGGCCACUUUCGGCGGGAUCGAGGGCGUGCAGAAAUGUAGCGUUCACCCCCCGUGGCAUGAAUAG